CAUAACUAAAUAGCGACCGAACAGUCGAUAGACAACCGUCGGGAUUGCAGUCCAUUUUCACAAUAAACAGUUCGUGUUUUAGCGGUAACAGCUUCAUAUGGACACAAACGUCGAUUCCAAGGCCGCUCUGAGAGCGCUUGUGUGAACUGUUUGGCUUUAAGUGUGCUGGAAGCGCUCUGGUUUUGAUUGAGCGUGCCGGUUGUUUGUCCUGCUGAGACCCGCCAUGUUGCCCACUGACGGUUAAUAACUGGGCUGUGUUCACUCAGCGGCUGCUUUCAUGGGGUUGGCAUGUUGGACAAGUUUGUUUGUUAUUAGGCCCCGACCUUUAUCUUUAUUUUUUAUCGACGUUUAAGAAAAGGAAACGUUGGGAAGGUGGGAGGGAGUGGUGUUUGGUUCUUAAUCCAAGGAGCGGAAUGUUUUCCAAAAAGCCUCACGGGGAUGUGAAAAAAUCCACACAGAAAGUCGUGGAUCCGAAGAAAGAUGUUCUGACCAGAUUGAAGCACCUGAGGGUUGUCAUAGAAAACUCUGAAGCAAAUGAUUUGAAGCCAUUCUUUGAUCAAACAUAUUCGCAUAUAUACUAUGUUUUCUUUGAAAAUUUUGUGACCAUUGAAGCCAGCCUAAAACAAAAAGGUCACAAAUCACAGAGGGAAGAAUUGGAUUCUAUCCUCUUUAUUUUUGAGAAAAUUCUACAGCACCUUCCAGAAAGAAUCCAGAGCAGAUGGCAGUUCCACAGCAUAGGCUUGAUUUUAAAGAAACUCCUUCAUAUUGGGAACUCCUUGAAGAUUAGAAGAGAAGGUGUACGUCUCUUUUUGUUGUGGAUGCAAGCACUCCAACACAAUUGCACUGAAGAACAGCUACUGAUUUUUGCCUGCCUUAUUCCUGGUUUCCCACCUCUGCCCUCAGAGCAGGGGCCUCGAACACUGGAAAAUCUGAUUAAUUCCCCACUUCAUCUUCAAGAAACUCAAGUCACUCCAGAGGAAAUCACUCCCCUUGUGCCCCCACAAUCCGGAGACAAAGGACAAGAUGACCUUACAAGCUACUUUCUUGAUGCACUGCUAAAAUAUAUGGCAAAGGGGUUAGAAUGGAAAGACAAAGAAAAUCAGGAGAAAGGGUUUUCAUUCUUAUUUGAAAAUUUCAAGAAGUACUACCUGCCUCACAUAUUUCCCAAUUUCUCAAAGGAGACCAGCUUGUUUAACCCUACACUUGAUGUCCCACAACUGAGAUCAAAGCCCUAUUAUAUUAUGACAAAAAAAGAUCCAGAGACUAAUGAAACGACAUAUUCUACUAAAGACACAUUUUUGUCUGCUCGUGUCUCUGUCAUCCGGUGGUUGGUAUCUUUCUGGUUUGAACCAAAAACUAAUCCGGGACUUCAGAUUCCUGGAGUUGAAGGUGAAAGUGUGCCAAAGAAUAUUCAGAGAGCAGCUGCUGGUUUGGCUGCCCGUGAAGAGGGCUCCUGCCGUGGGGACUCUGGGGAUGGCAGUGUAGAGCUGGAACAAUCCCAUUCAAACACCAGCACCUUAACUGAGCGAGAGCCCAGUUCAUCUAGUCUGUGCAGUGUUGAUGAAGAACAUCUAACAGACAUGGAAAUAGUGCGCAAAGUUUUCUACUCCUCAAGAGAGAAUGUGAAUUUUAUUAUAGAAGUUUUUCGGCAGGCUUUUCUGCUGCCUAUCUGUGAAGCUGCAGCCAUGAGAAGAGUUGUUAAAGUUUAUCAGGAAUGGAUUCAACAAGAAGACAAGCCUGUAUUUAUGAAAGAGGCUGAAGACUUUGGCUAUUCCCCUUCAACAAGUGUCAUAAAUUUAGUCAGUGCUGGAGAGCAUGAUGGUUCUUAUCCACUGGAUAAAAACGAACAGGAGGAGGACAAAAUGACUAAGGCACCAAGUCAUGUAAGGAAUGUUAGCUGGACAAGAAAUUCAUCCUAUCAGAAUGCAAUUAACAAAGCUUCUGAAAUGGAGGAAGAAGACAGGAAUGUGUGCGCAGGUGUUCAGGCAUCACUUCAGGUUUUUAUAACCAACUCAGCAAAUAUAUUGCUGCUAGAACCUGCCAAUGAAAUUGGAACCCUCUUGGAUGAGCAUGUAGAUAUGUGUAAACGUGUUCUCAACAUCUACAGAUACAUGGUUGUCCACACAGCAAUGGAUAAGAAGACCUGGGAGCAGCUGUUGUUGAUUAUGUUGAGAAUUACAGAAUGUGUUAUGAAGCGACCUCUGCAAGCACCGCCAUUAUCUCAAGGGAGAAAAAAUUCUGUAUUAGCAGGAAGACUUGCUACACCACUCUUUCGGACACUAAUAGUCGCCUGGAUCAAAGCAAACUUGGAUGUGUAUGUUUCCCGAGAGCUGUGGGAUGAAUUGCUAGUGGUGUUGUCAUCGCUUACGUGCUGGGAAGAACUAAUUACUGAAUGGGCAAUGACAAUGGAAACCUUGACCAAAGUGCUGGCACGGAACUUGUACAACCUUGAUUUGCAUGAUCUUCCGUUAGAUAAAUUGAGUGAACAAAAACAGAAGAAGCACAAAGGAAAAGGUGGUAGUCACGGAUGUCAAAAGUCAGCAGUUGAUAAAUCUUUUUCACGAGGUUGGAGUCGUGAUCAACCUGGGCAAGUGCAAAUGAGGCAGCGAAGUGCUACCACUGCUGGUUCCCCAGGAACAGAAAAGGCAAGAAGUAUAGUACGACAAAAAACUAUAGAUCUUGAUGAUGCCCAAAUUUUGGCCCGGCCUACUCGAAUAAGGCAUUAUUCUCAGAGUGAAGAAAACACCUCUGAAGUAUUUAGCACUGUACGUGAAGAGCAGCCAAUGCCUCGAAGCAGCAGCACGUCUGAUAUAAUGGAACCGUUCAUAGCUGAAAGAGCUAAAGGUGCAGUUCCUGUCAUUGACAGCUCAUCAGUUCCUUCAAGUUUGCAAAGUUCUGCUGAGGUGUUCUCAUUAUCUAGAUCCACUGAAAGUCACUUUACAGAUGUACACAGUACAGAAUGUUCUCUGGAAGUUGCUGAUAGUAUUUAUGAUCAUCUUUGUCAUCUUGUAGGGGAUGUAGAAACAAUAGCAUCUUAUGAGUACAGUCAACACAUAUUAGGUGACAGUGAGGCAGACUUGCUGUCUUCCAUACGGAAAUAUUUUAAUGAGUCCAUUCAAGAAGCUGAGCACAUCAAACACAAAUUGGGAAAGGACAAAAAUAACAUUCCCUUAAACGAAAAUAUUGAAUUAAUGGUAAGUGAGACGGACCGGGACUGUGUGGGGCUGGUAAGCAUGUACAAUACAAGUAGCCAGGAUUUGAUUUUGGGAGGGAAAACCAAAGCACAGGUAAAAAUACAGGACCUUGAAAAUGCUGGAAGCUCUGUUCCAUGUCCAGAAGAUGAUUAUUUGAGUAUUACUACAUUUUCUGCUGAAGAAAAGCAGUUACCAGAGACUAAUAUUGAACAGCAUAAUUACAAACCACUUGAAAGCUUUGAACAGGGAAUUUCAUCACAGAUGGAGUCAGAAAAUCCAGAUUUCAAGCAGAGGAGAAAAAUCUUUACUCGCCAGCUGGCAACUGAGGUAGACCAUGGAAAAGUAGUAGUAUCAACGGAUCAGCAGAGUAAAAGGAAACCGCUAGCUGAUGCCUUUUGUCAAACCUCUGUGCUCACAGAACUUAACAAUAAGAUAACUGAUGCACAUAGCAUGUAUUCAAAUAAGAUUCCACCCAACACCACAAUUACUGACCCACUUAUGGCUUUAAGUGCACAAAAAUUUUCAGCUAACCAAGAAAUCACUGAUGCAGCAGCACCAGAGCUGCAGUACUUAAGUAUAGCAAAUAAGAAAAAAAAUAGCAGUAUGCAUGUUAGUUUUAGGCCAUCUACUGAGUCUGUACAGUUCCAUAGCCCAUUGGACAAUAAGGAAGCUCACUGGAAGUUAAGACUUCGAAGACUUAGUGGUUUCAGCAGUAGCUCUUCUGCACCAACUGAUUCAGUGAAACCUGGUGUCUAUAGGCCUCUGGACACUAGAGUUUCUCAUAAUGAAUGUAAGAACCGGAAGUCAACAUUAAUUACUGCCGCAAGUGCCCCAGUGCUGAAGGGAAGUACAGGAGAUAGUCAGGGGGCUGGCCAUGGAGCACCUGGUUCCUGUGGCUUACAGGAAUCAGUGCAGCAACAGAGUUCCCUAGGUGGUGUUUACAGAACUGUUGUACACGCUUUUUCAAAGUCGAAGGCAAAUGUUUCCCCACAGAGACAGAGAAAAGUACCAGCAGAGGCUCCACUGAGGGAUCUUUACAGUCAUGUUUUGGGAUAUUUUGGAAGGAAAGUUGCAGUCAAUAAGGAAGAUCCUAAUCAAAAACCUCGACCUUUCAGCACUGAUAUUGGCAAUAGUAAUCCCAACAUCAGUGAUCUUAUGGAUGAGUUUAUAGCAGAGCGAUUGCGAACUGGCACUUCAGUGAAUGUUUUGAGGAGAGGAAGCAGUCCUGGUAGUUUGGAAGUGCCAAAAGACCUUCCUGAUUUGUUGAACAGACAGAAUCAGACCCGACCAGUAGAUGACCCAGGCAUCCCAUCAGAAUGGACUUCUCCAGCCAGUGCUGGAAGCAGCGAUCUCAUUAGUUCUGACAGCCAUUCGGAUUCUUUUAAUGCUUUUCAAUAUGAUGGACGAAAAUUUGAGAGCUUUAGCUUUGGCAGUGAAACCAUUUCUGCUGUAUACACUGAAGCAGAUCUAGGAGCACCACGGCAAACAGAUGUGGAGCAAGAAUUGACGAAUUUAACUGCUAUGCACAUUGAUUCCGAAACUAGCAGCCUCAAUCUGCAGACCACUUCUGCUGACACAGUUACAAUCACAGGCUCUGAAAGUGCUUCUCCAACCCAUUCAAACACUUGUUCAAGAUCUCAGACACCUUCUCCAUCCACUUUGAAUGCUGAUCAUGUGGAGCAAAAAGAUUUACCACUAGAUGAAAAACUGCAUCAUUCAGUCUUGCAGACGCCUGAUGACUUGGAAAAUAGCGAGUUUCCAAAUGAAGAUUGCAGUGUGAUGGCAGGAGGGAGUCUUAAAGGAUGGCAUGAAGAUGUUGCGACAGUUAUGUGGAGAAGAAUGCUUGGUAUUUUGGGAGAUGUCAACUGCAUUAAGGAUCCUGAAAUUCAUGCACAAGUCUUUGACUAUUUAUGUGAACUAUGGCAGAACCUGGCCAAGGUGAGAGAUAAUCUUGGAAUUACAAUAGAUAAUCACACCUCCCCACCUCCUCCAGUUUUGAUACCACCUCUCAGAAUUCUAACUCCUUGGCUUUUUAAGGCAACAACAUUACCAGAAAAAUACAAACAAGGAAAGCUGCAUGCAUAUAAGCUUAUCUGCAAAAUUAUGAAACGACGUCAAGAUGUUUCGCCUAAUUCUGAUUUCCUGGUUCACUUCUAUAAUAUAAUGCACAGUGGACUCUUAAACCCUGAUCAGGAUAUUGUGAAUACGAUCAUCAAGCACUGUUCCCCAAGGUUCUUUUCGAUUGGGUUGCCUGGUGCUACCAUGCUAAUUUGGGACUUCAUAGUUGCUGCUAGCAAAGUGACGUUCUCCUCUUCGCUCAAUGCUCCAAGAGUGGAAGCGCAGAUUCUAUUGGGCUCUUUAGUCUGUUUCCCAAAUUUAUAUGAUGACCUCCCAACAUUACAGCCUUCUCUUGUGGAUAUUUUGUCAACAAAAUGUGAUGAUGUUAAGGAACUUGUAAUUAAGAGCAUUUUAAAAUCAGCAAGAGAAGAACCUUCUGGACCAGCUAGAUGUGUUGCACUUUGCAGCCUUGGCAUUUGGCUCUGUGAAGAAUUGGUACAUGGUACUCACCAUCCUCAAAUCAAAGAUGCUCUAAAUGUAAUCUGUGUAACCUUAAAGUUCCCAAACAAAGCAGUUGCACAAGUGGCUUGUGAUAUCUUGCAUUUAUUGAUCAAUUAUGUGGACAAACUUCAGAAUUAUCCACCAGAUUCUCCAAAAAAAAUUAUUGAGAUAUUGAUGGCAACAAUUACUUAUCUGCUACCCGGUACAGAGGUAUCGCCACAUGAGCAAGAUAAAAGGCUAGUAGUAUCCCUAUUGCUUUGCCUUUUGGAUUGGUGCAUGGUACUACCUUUAAAAACCCUGCUACAGGUUGUCCAAGCUGCAGGACAAGAUAAGGACAAUGCCGACAAAUCCAUUCUCAGUUGUAUUUACAAGGUGCUGCAUGGCUGUGUUUAUGGAGCUCAAUACUUAAGUAAUCCUAGAUACUUUCCUCUGAACUUAUCAGAUCUAGCCUCUGUUGAAUAUGAUCCAUUCUUACAUUUGGAAAGCUUGAAAGAACCAGAACCUUUGCACUCCCCUGACUCUGAGCGCUCAUCGAAACUCCAAACUGUCACAGAGGUGAGGAGCCGCAUCCAGCAAGGUUUGAUUUCAGUUGCUGCCCGGACUGUGAUAAUUCAUUUGGUGAACCAUGUUGGUCAUUAUCCAUUGAGUGGUGGUCCAGCAAUGCUGACCAGCUUGAUAAGUGAGAACCAUGACAAUCCCUUCACUGACUGUACUGAGCUUUCCCCUGAACUUUUUGAGAAUCCCAAUCUCCAGUUUUUUGUGUUGAACAGUUCCACCCUUAUCUCAUACCUGGAAAUCCCUGUUGAGGACAACAUCCCAGGAGGAGGGAUGUCAGCUGGACUCUCAACAGCUACCUCAAAUGUUAGAGUUGUGGUGCGUGAUAUAUCUGGUAAAUACUCCUGGGAUUCUGCAAUUCUGUAUGGACCACCUCACUGCUGUCAACAAAGGCAGAUUGCUCACAAGUUCACAAAUCUUCAUAAAGAAGAACAGAUGGUUGAACCUGUCUUCAAUGAGGCAGAAACUGAUGAUGUUGAUUUAAGGGAAUAUUUGGUACCUCAAACAAAAAGAAGGUGCAGGGAAAUAGUGCCAUCUUGGGAUGUAAUUCGUGAUGAUGAAGAUGCCUUGGAUGAGAUGCUGCAGUACCUGGGUUCCACCAGUCCAGAGUGCCUCCAGAGAGCUGGUGUGCAACUUAAUAUCCCUGCUCCCCCUCCUGUUUGUAUUUCAGAGAAACAGGAAAAUGAUGUAAUCAAUGCGAUUCUAAAACAGUACACGGAAGAGAAGGAGUUUGUGGAGAAAAAUGGCAAUGACCUAAAUAUGAAAGCAAUGGAGCAGGAACAACCAUGCCCACAGGAGCCUCAGUCUGUGUUUUACUAUUGCAGGAUGCUGCUGAAUAUUCUUGGCAUGAAUUCAUGGGAUAACAGGACCAGUUUCCAUCUUCUGAAGAAAAAUGAAAAGCUUUUACGAGAACUGAAAAACCUCGAUUCAAGGCAAUGUCGAGAAACACACAAGAUAGCGGUGUUUUAUGUUGCUGAGGGGCAGGAAGAUAAGCACUCCAUUCUUACGAAUACUGGAGGAAGCCAAUCUUAUGAGGAUUUUAUAGCAGGGCUUGGUUGGGAGGUUAACCUUACUAAUCAUUGUGGCUUCAUGGGUGGCCUGCAAAGAAAUAAAAGCACUGGACUCUCGACUCCAUAUUUUGCUACCUCUACCGCAGAAGUAAUAUUUCAUGUAUCUACAAGAAUGCCUUCUGAUUCAGAUGAUUCUUUAACGAAAAAGUUAAGACACCUAGGGAAUGAUGAAGUGCACAUAGUCUGGUCAGAGCAUACAAGAGACUACAGAAGAGGAAUUAUUCCCACAGAGUUUGGUGAUGUCCUCAUUGUUAUUUAUCCAAUGAAAAAUUAUAUGUUCAGUAUCCACAUAAUGAAGAAGCCUGAGGUGCCAUUUUUUGGUCCACUGUUUGAUGGUGCAAUCGUGGAUGGGAAAGUUCUACCAAGUCUGGUCCGAGCUACAGCAAUGAAUGCAAGUCGAGCACUAAAAUCACUAAUUCCACUGUAUCAAAAUUUCUAUGAAGAGAGAGCUCGAUACCUGGAAACAAUUGUACAACACCACCAGGAGCCAACCACUUUUGAAGAUUUUGCUGCCCAGGUCUUCUGUCCAGCCCCUUGUCACAACUUACCAUCCGAUUCAGGCUCAUGCCCAGAGAAUCUGCAGGCCGAAAGUCCUGCAGCACAGGGGGCGGACGGGAUCGACUUAGCCUCUCCAAUGUCACCUCGUGCUAGCAAGAGUCGUAUGUCUAUGAAAUUGCGGCGUUCUUCUGGGUCAGCUAAUAAAUCCUAAUGACCACAUCAUAACAAAAGUUACACUCCUAAUUCCUCAAAACUAGCCAUAAGUCAAUGUUGAGUUUUUAAUUAUUAUUUUACUGCUUAAGCCAAAUGUGUUGCCUCUUGCUAAUUUGGAAAUGUGUGUUGCCACUCCAUUUGUAGUUAAAACCUGUUCCUUGUAAACUAUUUUUAUUAAGAACACUGGAGUUCUAUUUUUAGCUUACCGAAAUAUAUAUUUUAGCAAUCUAUGCUUGGUUGUGCAAUGCAACUACCCUGCACCUACUUGAUUACUUAUCUGUAUAUUUACUGCACUUUUAAUCAUAUUUACUGUUUUGAAAAGCAUUUUCUUGUCCAACUGUAUUUGGCUAGUUUAAAUCAGAUGACCCUUUAGUUAUUGGGUAUUAUCACUAGGAAAUUAUGAUAGCAGUCUUGCUUUGCUGCACAUUGUGUACUUUGUACAUAAUUUGUUUUUUUCAGUAGGAACAUUUCAGAUUACUUGUGCACAAUUCAGGAAUGUAUAGUAAGUUUUCAGUUUGUAUGUAGAUGUAAAGUUAUGUUUCAAAAUAUGUUCACCAAAUCAAUCUUAUGGCACAAACAUGUACAGAAUAUUUUCAUUUUAAAUUAUAAGAUAUGAAUUUUCCAAGGAAUGUAAAUGGUCUCUUAGCAUUUCAGCUCCAAAACUUAGCUUGACAAAAAAAAUCUUCCUCAAAAUGAAAUAUAUAGACUUGUUUUUAUUUGAAACACUGACAUAUCAUAUAUAAAUAUAUAUAUAUAUAUAAAAUAAACAAACUUAAAGCGCUGAAAAUGCAGCUGAGUUACACUAUUUACUUGUGCAUGGCUUCCAACCAAGAAACUAAAAAAAAUACUGUAAGUAAAUUCUGACAGGAGCCAAGCUGAAAGUUAUUGUUGAAAUGAUGAAAAUUCUGGAUGUAUUUAGAUAUGCGCUCUUAUAGGGCUUGCACUCAAUAUGUUUUCAAUCUUCUGUGAUCUAUUCAUUAAGGGGAAAAGGGAUCAUUUAAGAGUGUCUGUAUAAUCAGUUGAACUUGAAUUAAGUCAACUUUAAAUUGCUGACGUGCAGCAUAAUGCACAUUCCAGCUAUUCAGAUGUAUUUUCCUACAAGGAAGCAUUAUUAUUUUGUAGGUGAAGUGUAAUAUUACAACUAACGGUACGUAGCAUGAUGUCAGCACUAACUGCAUGUGUAAAUAUCAUAUGGUAAAAUAUAUAUUAUGUAUUGUGAUUUAUGUAGUUGUCUAUAAAAUUUGUAAUGGCUGAAGAUGCGCUGUUUAAUAUCGCAAUAAAAAUUAUUCUUACCAUGCCUAUUUGUGGAAAUCUUUGUGUUAGCAAGAUUAAAAUGGAAAAUGCUAUAAUUUAAUUUUGCAGAACUGUUAAAUGUCUCACUGUAUUGAGAAAUGUCAAAGCACAAAGGGAAACCAAUAAAUAUCAAAAGUACUGUAAUUCACUAAUGAAUUAUUUGUUCACUUCCAUUCCAUACGUCUUCAAAAUUAUUGAAAUAUCAGUUGUAGCCAGAAGUAUUGCUAAUGCUUAAUUUAAUGUGUUGUUUUGGUAUAUUUUAAAUGUGGCCAUUCACUAUGUUCUAAUCACUGCAUAUUCUGUAUGAAUAGUGGUAAUAUGUAAUAUGCCUUCCCAUUAUCUGCUUUUCCUUGUGCAUUCUUAAAUGAUCAUGGGACAAAUCGUUUAUUUGUAUAUCUAUAGAGAUUUCUUUCUGUCUCCAUUGUAUAUUGGGCAAUGUUGCAAAACUUCAAUCAAUAUUUUGAAAAUUUAUAUUACAGAAGAAAUGUAAAAAGUAGCUGAAUUUUGUUUAGUCUCAAGAUUAUUCCUGCCUUAUGAGAACACUUAGCCAUUUUGUUCCUUCUCCCAGGAGCUUGCUGUAUUUUAGUAAAAAAUUGACAACACAGACUCCCUCUGUACCCCAGAGUGUUGAUAUGGUAUAAAACCAUUGACAUUUCUAGAAGCAAUUGUAUACAUGAAUAUGUUCCAUCUUCAUAACUUCUGGGAGAUUAGAUUAAUUCAUAUAUAAUUAAGAUAUGCAGGUUUGUGUAUAUUGAGAACUUUGUGAAGCUGAGAAUGUACUUCCCAAGUGAAGUGAAAUAAAGUUGAUUUCCAGAUGAAGUCACUUUUAUCUUUUUAAUAGCUCUGAUGCAUUUUUGAGAGCCACUGAAAUAUCAGAAGAGUGCAAAACUACACGACCUCAGCAUCAAAAGUAACAACUGAGUCGAGUACCAUGUCAGAACUUGCAAUUAAGAUUUCAAAACUUAAUUAUUUGUCAAUUUUAUUAAUGUCUAUUUUACACACAUGCCAAUGGAAACAAAUCUGUAAAGCAAUUCUGUCUCUUUACCUUUCCUCAAAAGAACAUUAAAUUUGAAACUCUUA